AUGGAUCCCCGCAUCACCGAUCGAAACUCCCUGGUCGUGAAUAUCGGUCGCGCUCUGGAGGCGCUGACAGGCGGAGUCUGUACGGCCACCACGCACCGCGGUGUCUCCCUCGGUCCGCGGUUCUCCAUCCCGGUGUUUCGGGGAAUGAGUCUGGAUCUAUCCGCGGAGAAUAUCUCUUUGAAGAUUCCGGAGCAUAUCAGGGACUUGGUGCGCGAUGAGAAGAUUCGGUCCGAUGCGGAAGCCACGUUCAAUCAGAUGUACAAGGGGCGUAUCGGAGAGGGGACAUUCAUUCAUCGAAUCACCAGUCAUCAGGAUGUGGGACGGCGAUGGUAUCCGGAGGUGUUAGCCUGGGCAUUGGGAGAGUAUGAAAAGCAUGAUUGCAUAGAAGUCGAUUAG